AUUAUUUCUUUUCCUGCCCAUUAUUUAAAUAGCAGAGCCGCCCAUCAUAACCACCCAAAUUGCUCUCUCUCUCUCUCAAAAUAUCUCAGACACCACAACACACAAUCGAGAGAUUCUGAGAAGAACAACGGUUCAUGAGAGAAGAAAGAAGAAAGAUGAAGCGAAGCCUUGCUCUCUCCUCCCACUGGGUCUCUAUAUUUUCCUGGUCAGCUUCUUCCUAAACUCCACCCAGUAACCAGCCAAGCCAAUAUAUCCCGACCUAUCUCCCUAUUGAGCCAGUCAUCUACCCCAACCAUGAACCUAGAGGAUUCCUUCAAGUCGCUCUCGCUUGACUACCUGAACCUUCUCAUCAACGGCCAAGCCUUUAGUGAUGUAACCUUCAGCGUUGAGGGCCGUCUUGUCCAUGCACACCGGUGCAUCCUGGCAGCCAGGAGCCUCUUCUUUAGGAAAUUCUUCUGUGGUCCUGAACCUCCGGCAGGGAUCGACCCCGUAGGAACACGAAUGAACUCCGCAUCCUUGUGUUCGUCGCCGAGAGGGGGCAAUUCUCAGGUCAUCCCUGUGAACUCCGUCGGUUAUGAGGUGUUCUUGCUGCUGUUGCAGUUCUUGUACAGUGGACAGGUCUCCGUCGUGCCUCAGAAGCAUGAACCAAGGCCUAAUUGUGGGGAGAGGGGUUGCUGGCACACCCAUUGCACCUCAGCCGUUGAUCUCGCGCUCGAGACGCUCGCUGCUUCUCGAUCUUUCGGAGUCGAGCAGCUCGCAUUGCUCACUCAGAAGCAAUUGGCUAGUAUGGUGGAGAAGGCAUCAAUAGAGGACGUAAUGAAAGUUCUACUAGCUUCAAGAAAACAAGAGAUGCACCAGCUGUGGACUACUUGUUCCCACCUAGUCGCGAAAUCCGGCCUCCCACCUGAAGUCCUUGCCAAGCACCUACCCAUUGAUGUUGUGGCCAAGAUUGAAGAGCUCCGCCUCAAAUCCUCCCUCCAUCGCCGCUCCCUCAUGCCUCACCACCACCACCAUCACCACCACCACGACCUAGGAGCAGCAGCAGAUCUCGAAGACCAGAAGAUCCGACGCAUGCGUCGUGCCCUCGAUUCGUCGGAUGUGGAGCUAGUGAAGCUCAUGGUGAUGGGAGAAGGUCUUAAUCUUGAUGAAGCUCUUGCCUUACACUAUGCUGUCGAGAAUUGUAGCCGUGAGGUGGUGAAGGCCUUGUUAGAGCUGGGUGCCGCGGAUGUCAACUACCAGGCUGGACCAGCCGGCAAGACCCCGCUACACAUCGCAGCUGAAAUGGUAUGCCCGGACAUGGUGGCUGUCCUACUGGAUCACCACGCCGACCCCAAUGUUAGGACCGUCGAUGGGGUUACGCCGCUCGACGUUCUCCGGCAACUCACUUCUGACUUCCUCUUCAAGGGGGCCGUCCCUGGGCUAGCUCAUGUUGAGCCUAACAAGCUGAGGCUUUGCCUAGAGCUCGUUCAAUCAGCCGCUCUCGUAAUCUCUCGUGAAGAAGGCAAUGAGAAUCCUCCCUCCUCCACCCAUAUCUAUCCACCGAUGAGUAACGAUCUUAACAGCAACAGCAGCAAUAACAACAUGGUCAACCUAAGUCUCGACUCGAGGAUGGUUUAUCUUAAUCUCGGCGCUGCUGCUGCUGCUCAGUUGGGGUGUAAGAUGGAUGGGGAAGGUCAUAAUGGACACAAUAACCAGAGACAAGCCAUGAACCGGCAUGGAGGAUCGCAGGGUGGUUGUGACCCAUCGAUGUACCACUCUCAUGACUACUAGCUAGCAAAAAACUAUAUAAGCAUCCGAGGCUCUUCGGGACGAGCAAAGUCCAUUAAAGUACUGAUGGAGAGUAUCAGAGAUUACAUCUUCUUUGCCAUUCCUCUCCCCUUCUUACUCUUCUCUCUCUCUCUCUCUCUCUGUUCUUUCUUCCCUAGUGGGUGCUUUUCAUUUUUUGUAGGGUUUUGAUCAUGAUCAUAUGAAAGUGCAGUGCCUCUGGACAUGGAAUUUUCUCGUGGGAGGAGACAACGGGAAUCUAAGUUUGCUCUGAGUGAUGGGAGGAAAUGCAGGUCAAUCUUUUCAACCCGGCCUGUCAACUCCUUUUGUAUUUAUUAUUAUCUAUUAUCAUGGGCUAUUAAUUGUGACUUUUUA